AUGCCCACCAAAACCCCCACGCAAUCCGACUUCCCCUCGCACCUCACUAUAACCCUCACCCCUCCUCCCCCUCCCUCCUCAUCCUCCGCAACGCGACCACCCCCCAACGUCCUAAUCCUCCUACAUGGCCUCGGUGACUCCGCCCCCGCAUUCACCUCCUUCGCGCGCGCCCUCAACCUCCCCGAAACCCUCAUCGUGACGCUCCAAGCCCCGAACCGCCUGCCGCUCGACCUACCAGGCUUCCACUGGGGCGAUGACAUCUCGUUCGACACGAGCACAGGGGGGCUGGACAUGGACGCCGGGUUCGCGGGGGCCACGAACGUCCUGGUGACCGAGGUGUUGCGGGACACGCUGCUGGGGAAAUGCGGGUACCGGGCGCGCGAGAUCCUGGUGUUGGGGUUCGGGCAGGGCGGAAUGCUGGGCCUGCUUGGGGCGAGGGAGUUUGCGAAGAGAAACCAGGGGGAGGCGGAGUUGGCGGGGGUGGUUGCGAUUGGGGCGCCGUAUCCGCUCUCGGGGAGUACGGUGGGCGCGAAGAAUCGGACGCCGGUGUUGUUGGUCGCUGGGAGGGAGUCGGCGGCUGUGACGGACGGGGCGGUGCGCAGGACGAAACAGGUGUUUGAGUUUGUGGAGGUGCAGCGGUAUGCGCGCAGGGAUGAUGGCAUGCCGAGGAAUCGCGACGAGAUGAUGCCCGUGAUGCAGUUCUUUGCGAGACGGUUGAGAAGCUGGCAGGGUGUGCCGGAGGGGAGUGUGGAGAUUAAUUGA